AUGAAUUCGAAGAGCGACGAUUAUGACCUUGAGUCUCGGGGCUACUCCCGCGAAAUGCCUCGGCAGUUCUCCGUGUUUAGCCUUGUGGCACUUUCAUUCAGCUUGACCUGCACUUGGUCAGGUACUGGCUCUUCACUGGGCGUAGCAAUUCAAGAGGCAUCUGCCGCCGGUGCCAUCUGGUCUAUCCCAGUUGCAGGGGCUAUGACAGCCAUUCUAUCUGCGGGUGUGGCAGAGCUGGCAUCGGCGUUUCCAGUUGCGGGUGCCCAGUACUAUUGGACGUUUUGUCUUUCGUCGAAGGAGUACCGAUCCUUCGCGUCUUACAUAAAUGGUUGGCUCAGCAUAUUGGGUUGGUGGCUGGCAAGUGCAUCUGCCUGUAACUUCAUCGCAUCACUCCUUCUAUCGAUUGCUUUCUUGUGGUAUCCAGACUAUGAAGCAAAAAGCUGGCACCAGUGGCUCGUCUAUGUUGGAAUUGUUUGGCUGGCUGUGGCAUUAAAUACCUUUGGGUCCCAAAUAUUGCCAUUAUUCAAUCGAUUCAAUUUCAUCGUAGCUUGCUGUACCUUGACAGCAACUACCAUCACUCUCUUUGUCUGUAGUCGAAAUGAUCACGCCCCGGCUACUUGGGUCUUUGGCGACACAACCAAUGGCACCGGAUGGCCAAGCGAUGGACUGGCAUUCGUUCUUGCCAUAAGCACUUCCGUGUAUGCCUUCCUUGGAACCGACUGCGGUGCACACCUCUGUGAAGAAAUUCGCGAUCCAGCCAAAAACACCCCCAAGAUCAUUCUGCUGCCUAUCUUGAUUGGCCUCGGGACUGCAUGGCCAUUUGCCUGUGCGUGUAUGUACGCCAUCACAGAUGUCCAAGCCGUGUUAGAUACACCGUCGGGAAUUCCCUUGAUUGAAAUUUACUAUCAAAGCACCAAGUCAAAGGGUGCAUCUUCUGUUCUUCUGGCAUUGUUUGCAUUUUGUUUCUUUGGCUGCACUGUCGCAAAUGGUACUACAUGUUCGAGAACUAUAUGGGCCAUAUCUCGCGACGGUGCACUGCCAUUUAGUGGUAUUUGGUCUAGGGUGAACCCUAGAUUCAAGAUCCCGCUCAAUGCACUAGGUCUUUCCGCCACUGUCAUCUCGUUAUACGGCCUCAUUUUUCUGGGUUCCACGACCGCUUUCUCGGCAAUGGUUGGCGCAGCAGUGAUCUUCCUACAAACAUCAUGUGCCCUUCCACAAGCAAUAGUUCUUUGGCGUGGUCGAGACAAGGUUCUCCCUGAGCGAGCAUUCUCACUGGGCAAACUAGGUCCCACGAUCAACUUCAUCUCCGUGAUGUGGGUUUUGUUCUUGGAUAUUGUUUUCUUCCUACCGACCGAGCGACCAGUCACCAAAGAGAACAUGAAUUAUGUCUCUGUUGUAUCUGCUGGGCUGACUCUGUUUGUCCUUGGACUCUACUUUUUUUCGAAGAGAGGGCAGUUCAAUGGACCCCGUGUCCUUGAGGCACAUGCUGGUAUGAUUGAGGCUGUUCCUGCUGGAGAACAAACGGUUGAUCGCAGUAUGGACACAAACUGGGAGAGUAAAAAGUGA